UGUUACUCGACAGAUAAAUUGUUGUUUUACGAUGACAUCCGUUUAAAGUUCAACUCACUACUUGUGAAUAAUAUAUACAAGGUGUGCAACGUGAAAGUUUAUAAUGAUCAAUUUAAAUUACAUAUCGGUGUAAAAAUUACAAAAUUAAACGCAUCCUUCAAAUGGAGCGUGUUCUAAAAGCAGUACCAGCAGACUUAAGAGUAAAAAUGGAGGCACUUGUGCAUGAUCUGACCCUUGCCCUUGAAGAAAGCAGUAACAGUGCUAACGUCAGACGUAGAUGGGGUAUAAGGAGGAGAGCUCGUUCUACAGGGAAUAUUCGUAAGUUUACAGUUCGCUUCUACAAGGCAUACAGAGGGUCAUUACCAAGAUUGUCUUUCUAUAAAUAUCAAUCAUCGCUCAAUAUAAGUAAGCACUCGGAUGACAGUUCGUCUUCUAUUUGUGAUAUCCGCAUUUUGAAAAAUUCUACACCUUCUAAAUAUCAAUCCGAUAGCGAUGACACGAAUCAAACAAAAAGAUUUGCACGGUUUUCCAACCUAAAUAAUGCGAGCAACAUAGAGAGCGAUUCUGUCAAUGAAAAUUUCAUACCAAGGACUAACACAAGGCGUAAGAGAAAGUUCAAGAAGAUGGCUGUCGAUUCUGACUCGAAUCCAUCGACGUCUCAAACGGUUACCAUUAUGUCGACCGCUUUAGGUGGAAAAAAGCGAGUUCUUAGGAAUGAUUGUAAAAACAAAUAUGGAGCUAUAUGGUGUGGAAAACGUAAGAGAUCAUGCAGAGAACGUUCUACCGAUUGCGAAAUGCGUUCUUUGAAACCAAACAGAACCUCGAAGUCGAAGAUCCGGGGGAAAAUGCAAGGUGAAGACACCGUAGAUUGCUCUCGUAUAUCGAGUUCAAGUAUUUCUUCUAGCGAUUCCGAAAAUGGUAUAAUCACAAAUGACGAGGAUCGCGAAGGAGAUGACGAGCAAUCCGAUUGGAUAGUGGAAUCAAAUUGGUGGGACGAUGGAGACAGCACGAGUGAAGAUAAAAUAGGAACAGAUUCGACAUUCCAAAUGAUAUUACAUGGUAGCUUUGAACAUUCUACCGAUGAAAGCAGAAAAAGGUACAGACAAAGAGUUAAACGAAUUCGCGAAGGUCUCACUGGUAGAGAAAUUCGCGCUGGUCGGCGUCACGUCGACAAUAAACCUGGAUAUUCUAUAAUUACUUCGGCAAAUGAGAAAGUAUCAAGAUUUCUACAAGAUCCAACUCAGAGUGAACUUAAGUUACAUCCUAUGCGUCAAGCUGAACGGGAGAAGCUGCGUCGUCUUGCAAAUUUAUACAGUUUAAGUUUAAAAGGUGAUUUAGGUUGUCCAAUAUUAUAUAAAACGCGACAUACAACUCAAGCUGUAUGCGUAGAUCAAGUAUCGUUAAACAGAUUCUCCGAUUACAAAAGAUUAAGGAAGACACCUCCAAACUCACCUAAUCCUGAUUCACUGAUGCAGUGUCAGGAACAACAUAUUUCUAGUACAAGUUUUGGUUCACAAAUUGUACAACAAACGCAAGAUACCAUGCCGCUGCAAUCUAUAAGUUUUCCACAGUUCGAGUGGGAUUCUAAUAAUAUGGAAAUUGAGAUACAUGGAAAGCCAAAGUUUCAAGACUUUGGACAUUCAAAGUCCAGUUAAAUUAUGUGUUCCUUUUUAUUAGUUUGUUUCUCAAUAUUUAUAUGGACGAUUAACCUGCUUUCUAUAAAUGAGAUUAGUAGAUAUUCUAGAAUCGAUGUAUUAUAAUAACAACAUUAAAUUUCGUACCGAACGUAUUAUAGACUUUUGCGGACGAAACUCGUCCAAAAAUUGACAUUUUAUAUAGGAUUUAUCAUUCUAUUGUAGUUCAGCUUUAAAAUGUCUAUAUGAAUUUAUAUACAUGUAUAAAUCUGUACAAAAUAUGAAAUAAUGAAUAAGUUAAUUUGCUGCGUAUAGAGUGAGUUUCAUGAUUCUGAAUGUAAAUAACAAUUUGUACUUUUUUUAUUAGUCUAGUAACAAAAAUCCUUAACUCGAGUGAAGAUUAGAACGUGUGAAUCACCUGUUAAUACUAUACGUUAUAUAAAUGUAAAAAAACAACGAUUAGAAAGGGCAUCUUUUUUUUUUACAACAA